AUGCGUGUGAAGGUUGUCGAGAGAGCGAAUACUGCUUUGCCAGGAUCUCCUCAGACUCAAAGUAUUGCUAAAAUAACGAUAGAAAGCAUUAAUUUGAAAGUGCCACAUCUCACACCCAACGAUGACAUAAAGUUGCAGCUGUUGACACGUAUCAAAGCAGAUGAGCCUAUGAUGAUACCGUUUCGCCGAUGGGAAUUGCACGAGCUACCAGCACUCACACAAGGAUCCACUAUUGAAAUUUGGUCUGUCAAGACAUGUUCUGCAUUGGACAGUCCAAGAUAUGUUAUAGUAUUUUUCCAAACGAAAAAAGCCGAUAAUUUGCAUGAAGACGUCACCUUGUUCGAUGAUGCCAACAUCAAAUCCAUACGAUUGGCUCUGAAUAGCGACUAUUAUCUGCAAGAACGAAUGCUAUUGGACUUUUCCAAAGACCAAUAUGCUGACGCCCACUUCAACUAUACAGAGUUCAACAAGAGCUACCAUAACUGUCAAGAAAAGCGCUCUCUAGUAAACUUUGCCGAAUUCAAAUCCCGACCAAUGUUUGUUAUCGAUUGCUCGAGGCGCUAUCUGGGUCUAAAGUCGUCCACAGUUGACAUAAAUGUGAAGGUUGUCGAGAGAGCGAAUACUGCUUUGCCAGGAUCUCCUCAGACUCAAAGUAUUGCUAAAAUAACGAUAGAAAGCAUUAAUUUGAAAGUGCCACAUCUCACACCCAACGAUGACAUAAAGUUGCAGCUGUUGACACGUAUCAAAGCAGAUGAGCCUAUGAUGAUACCGUUUCGCCGAUGGGAAUUGCACGAGCUACCAGCACUCACACAAGGAUCCACUAUUGAAAUUUGGUCUGUCAAGACAUGUUCUGCAUUGGACAGUCCAAGAUAUGUUAUAGUAUUUUUCCAAACGAAAAAAGCCGAUAAUUUGCAUGAAGACGUCACCUUGUUCGAUGAUGCCAACAUCAAAUCCAUACGAUUGGCUCUGAAUAGCGACUAUUAUCUGCAAGAACGAAUGCUAUUGGACUUUUCCAAAGACCAAUAUGCUGACGCCCACUUCAACUAUACAGAGUUCAACAAGAGCUACCAUAACUGUCAAGAAAAGCGCUCUCUAGUAAACUUUGCCGAAUUCAAAUCCCGACCAAUGUUUGUUAUCGAUUGCUCGAGGCGCUAUCUGGGGGCACUCAAGGAUGACCAAUUGCAACAACGCCAACAACUAGUCGACGACUUGAAUUUGGACCAAUCUGAUCGAGGAUUUUCUGGAUUUCAAUAUAUUUUUCUGGAACCGAUGACAACUGUGGAAGAGAACGGAAUGUCAGAUAAAGAAACAUUAGAACCCAAGAGGAAGGAACAUCGGAGAGUUCUUUCAAUGCUCGAUUGA